AUUAUAAGGAAACGAUUAAAAUUGAGCGGCACCUCAAGUGAUUGGUGAAACAUCAUGUGGUUAAGGAAAAUCACUAUUUUCAGCCAGAAAUAUUUAUUUGAGCUUCGAAAUAAUGUCAGAUUUAUACGGCAUAAGCCGUGGGUGCCUAAAUUCAGAAUCAUCCGCCAGAUGCAACCAUGGGACUCACCAGUGGAUCUUAACGAGGAUAAAGUUUCUCCAGAUGAAAGUUCAUCAGAUUUCCAGAGACGACUGCGCAGAAACGGAAUGCUUCCUCCUCUUCUGUUUCAUGACCGUCCAAUAAAUAUUGGACAUACAGGCAGUAUUCUCGAUCCAUACACUCCUCCUGAUGGUGACGGUCGAAAAUCAUUACUCUCAUCAAAGAAAUUCACACAGCUAAAGGAUGGAUUACUUGAUAAAGGUAGAAACUAUAAAGAUACAAUGUUAAUACGAUCAUAUGAGCCUUCAUUCAAACCGAAACUAUUUGCAGCUAAAGCUGAAAGUAUCUAUGUUGAAGCCCAUGAUCUUUUACAAAAUCAUCGUCAAAAUGAAUCUCGAUUGUUUGAGUUGGUUACUGAGAAAGCUCUGGUGGAUAUGACGGCAGACUUGAAACUACGGACACUACAAUGGAGGUUUAAGGGCAAUAUUGAACUACCCAGAGUUGUACAUAUACGCUGCACAGAAUUCAUGUCUAAAGGAAAUUACUUUGCUCAAGUUACAGUUCGUUUAUACACCCAACAGAUCUUGGCAAUCUAUAAUCGCUUCGGACGUUUGCUUUACGGAAAUCCGGAUGUUGCUGUUGACGUGCUGGAAUAUGCAGUAUUCGAGAAGCAUGUUUCUGAUGAAUAUGGCAUAUGGAGAUUGCACGGCAAAGUUCAGUCGCCGAGUUCUACACCACAUUAUACUUAUAUACCUACUCAGCGACUGAUCUCUUCUGUUCCAUCACCUAAAUCAGAACCAAAUAAUUUACUACUUGAAAAUAACAAUCUUGAUAAUUCCUCUGCAGCAAGCAGUCCAAGUCAAGAAACUCCGAACUAAAGCCGAUUGUAAUUUUUUAAAUUAAUAAAACUUUACUGAAAAAA